AUGCUGGGAACUGAGGUGACAUCUUCGGAUGUGGGAGGCUUCGUUGCCGGCGACACCGUGGUGGCCAGCCGGGAUCUACGCGUUCGCGGUCGGGUGGUGGUGCGACAGGGCGGCAGCGGGUACGUGGUGGGCCCCGCCUCGUCGUCUGGGCGCAUCUGCGUGCAGUUCGAGCAGCGGGAGGACCAAAGCGAGAACCGGCUAAAUUGCCUGCCCGAUGAACUCAGGCACACCUUGCCCGGGGGCUACUUGGCCGGCACACGUGUCCGCUCCCGCCGCCCGCUGGAGCCACCCAGCGGCGUGGUGAUCCCGGCCGGAAGCUUCGGGGUGGUGAUCGGCCCUGCCCGGGAUCCGCUUUUUCGGCGGCUUUUGGUGCGCUUUGCCCUGAACAGCCAGGAUCACGUGGAAGAGUUGAUUUGCGACCCCUCGGACGUAGAGACCAACAUCCCCGGCAACUACCGCCGCGGCAACGCGGUCAUUGCCACGCGUGACCUGCGCGUGGGCGGCCAGGUCGUGGUCCGGGAGGGUGUCUUGGGCACUGUGGUGGGCCCCAGCAGCUCCGAUUCCCAGCACCGGGUCACCGUAAGCUUCAGCCAGCGGGAGGAUGGGAGCAGAAACCGCCUCAACUGCGUGGUCAACGAGAUCAAGCUGUACCUGGCGGGCGGUCUCGAGGUGGGCGCGCGCGUGCAGGCAGUGCGGCCUAUCAGCUACGACCGCCUGGCGCCGGUGCCUGCGGGGUCCAUCGGCACCGUGGUGGGCCCGGCCUCUGACGAGCCACUCGCAAGGAUCAUGGUCCGCUGGGACUCGGCGGUGCAGAACGCUCCUUCCGAGCGGGACGCCCACUCGGAUGACGUGCGGCUCAUGAUUGCCGGGGGCUUCCGUCGCGGGGAGACGGUGCUGGCGGCCAAAGACUUGAGGGUGAAGGGCGUCGUGGUGGUGAAGCAGAACAUCUUGGGCACCGUGGUGGGUCAGAGCGCCACGGACCCCGCGGGGCGGGUGACCGUGGCCUUUGCGCGCCGCGAGGAUGGCAGGAGCAACAACCUGAACGUGGUGCCGGCGGAGAUCCAACACAUGCCCUGCACCGGGGGCUUGGUACCUGGUGACAGGGUGGCCGCCUUGCGAACGCUCCUGGUGGUGCCCAAAGGCGCCCAGGGCGUCGUGGUGGGCCCCUCCUGCUCCCAGUCCAGCCGUGUGGCGGUGCGCUUUUCGCCUGCGGAGAGCAGCGGCGACAAGGAGGGCGGGGAGGAGGUGGUGCUCCAUGUGGAGCCCGAAGACCUCAAGGUCUUGAACGCCAUUGCGGAGGACGUGGACGAUGCCGCUGCCACGGCCAUCACCGAGGACGACACGGAGGACGGGCCGUCGCUGGCAGGGGGCUACAACCGUGGGGAUGCCGUGGCGGCCACACGGGACCUGCGUGUCGGCGGAAAGGUCGUGGUGCGCGCCAACAUCUUGGGUACCGUGGUGGGCCCAUCAGGUCAAGAUCCUGUGAGCAGAGUCACUGUGGCCUUUGCGUGGCGCGAAGAUGGGAAGAGUAACAAUCUGAACGUCAUCGCCAGCGAGAUCCGGCGAGUGGACACAAACUGCGCGGAGAAGGGGGAGAUUUGCGCGAUUUGCUUGGCUGAGCUGGACUCGGAGAGUGAGGAGGACAUUUGUCGCAUGACGUGCGGGCAUUUGCUGCACAAGAGCUGCGUCACAGCCUACCUCAACCACCAGAACAUGGCCGGGGCUCCGCCGACGCGGCAAGCACCAGGUGUGCCAGUGGUCCCCCUCAAGCCUGCGCAGUGCCCGGUCUGCAGAAAGGAGAUGCUGCCAUAG